GACCUUUCCCUUCAUUCCUGCAGAUGGACACUCUGGACGCUGUGGGAGAUGAGAUCAGUGGAAUGGCGCGCUGCCCGUAUGACACCAAACACGCCAACGUGGCCCUGUUCGCCGAUGGGAAGUUAUACUCGGCCACAGUCACGGACUUCCUGGCGAUCGAUGCGGUGAUCUACCGCAGUCUAGGCGACAGUCCGACCCUUCGGACGGUCAAACACGACUCCAAAUGGCUGAAAGAGCCGUAUUUCGUGCAGGCCAUCGAGUACGGCGAGUUCAUCUACUUCUUCUUUCGGGAAAUCGCCAUGGAGUACAACAGCAUGGGGAAGGUGGUGUUUCCGCGAGUGGCUCGCGUGUGUAAGAACGACCGUGGCGGCUCGCAGCGAGUGCUGGAGAAACAGUGGACUUCUUUCCUGAAGACGCGCCUCAACUGCUCCAUCCCUGGAGACUCACACUUCUACUUCAACAUCCUGCAGGCCGUCACCGACGUCAUCCACAUCAGCGGCCACGACGUGGUCAUGGCCACCUUCUCCACGCCGUACAACAGCAUCCCGGGAUCGGCCGUCUGCGCGUAUGACAUGGUGGAUAUCGCGGCGGCCUUCACCAGACGCUUCAAAGAGCAGAAGUCGUCCGAUUCCACCUGGACCCCCGUCCCCGAGGAGAAGGUGCCCAGACCCAGGCCAGGCGUCUGCGCAGGAUCUUCCCCUGGAGAGAAAUUCAAAGUGUCCAACGAGUUCCCGGAUGAAACGCUGAACUUCAUCAAGCUUCACCCGCUGAUGGACGAGGCCGUUCCUUCCAUCGCCAAUCGGCCGUGGUUCCUCAAGACGAUGGUCCGAUAUCGUCUGACGCGUAUAGCCGUGGAUAACGCUGCCGGCCCUCAUCGCAACCACACCGUGGUUUUCCUGGGAUCGGAGCGAGGAAUCGUGCUGAAGUUCCUGGCCAAGAUGCAGAGCGGCUUCCUGAACGACAGCCUGUUUCUGGAGGAGCUGAGCGUCUAUAACCAAGAGAAGUGCAGCAUUGAUGGCGUGGAGGACAAGCGCAUCAUCAGCAUGCAGAUUGACAGCAGGAGUCACUCUCUGUUCGUGGCCUUCACCUCAUGUGUGGUCAAAGUCCCGCUGUCCCGCUGCGAACGUCAUGGGAAGUGCAAAAAGUCCUGUAUCGCCUCCAGGGACCCGUACUGUGGCUGGGUGUCAGAGGGCGCCUGUAAAGAAAUCUCAUUGGACCCAAAAUGGCCGUUCGAGCAGGACGUGGAACAGGGCAACACAGAUGGACUGGGCGACUGCCAAAAUUCGUUCGUGGCUCUCAAUGAGCAUCAGCGCAGGCAGCAGGGUGUGAGCGAUAUUACCCAGAAUGCUGCGCGCGGCCUCCUCACCACCGUCCCUCCUCUGGCCCCCGGGGGCCCGCUGCUCCGGGGCCGCAUGGUCAAGCCGAAGGAGGCCGUUCCCUCAGAGACGCAGCAGGAGAGCGCCGGGGUGAUCCGUGAGACGUUCCACCGAGAUCGCGAUCAGAUGGUUCCCGUCACGCUCCUGGCCAUCGCCAUCAUCCUCGCCUUCAUCAUGGGUGCCAUCUUCUCCGGCAUCGUGGUCUACUGCGUGUGCGACCAUCACCGCCGGCGGGACUUCGAGCUGCCCGGCCGCAAAGAUAAGGACUCGGUUCAGUCCCGACGGGGCUCCAUGAACAGCGUCACCAAGCUGACGGGGCUCUUCGAGACGCAAGCCAAGGACGGACGGACAGAAGCCAUUCUGACCCCACUCAUGCACAACGGCCGCUUGGCCAACGGAAAGAUGCUCAUCAAAGCUGACGAGCACUUGGAUCUGACCGCUCUGCCCACGCCCGAAUCCACGCCUAUGCAGCCGCGGCGCAAACCCAGCCGAGGCAGCCGCGAGUGGGAGCGCAACCAGAACCUGAUCAACGCCUACACCAAAGACUUGCCCUCCAUGGGCUCUGUGGUCAUCCCGACGGAUUUGCCUUUGCGGGCGUCUCCGGGCCACAUCCCCAGCGUGGUAGUGCUGCCUUUGCCCCAACACCAGCAUGAGUAUGUAGAGCAACCGCACCGCGGAGAGCUCGCCACUGACCAGGCCGCCACACUGGAGUACAAGUCCCUCAAGAGCCCAAGCUUGGCGGAUGGCGAGAGAGCGCCUCCAAGAGUCCCCCAGCGAGAGGCGUCUCUGGGAACCAUGGUUCCUCAAAUGGGCAAGAGGUUGGACGUGCAUUCGUCCGUAUACGGCCGUGGCUAUCCCAUGAGCUCGGGCCUCAAGAAACAGCACAACACCAACUCGUCCAACUCAUCCCACAUGUCCAGGAACCACAGUUUCCGUGUGGAGACACCUCCUCCGCCCGCUCCGCAGCGAGUGGACUCCAUGCACGUCACCUCUCCGCCGCCGAUCCUCGGUCUGUCGCGCCAUCCCAGCCUGAGCUCAUACGGCUCUCUCCCCAGGCAUCUCAAACCUGACGUUCCUCCUAAACCGAAUCUGGUGUCCCUUUCCACAAAAGCCAAGUCCGGAGACUCCUGCACAUAAUCGAGCGCAGCAGGAUGAAAGACGGGGAACGUGAAAGUGUGUCUGCUUUGUACAGCUGUGUACAGGAAAUGCAACUCACUUUUCUUUAUUUUGUUUUGUACAUUUUGUAAUACAUGUCGAGCUCAGGCUGAUGCGUGUCUCUGUUCCCAAAAAAAGGAGGAACUCCAGCUGGGAAGGUGGCCGCAUUGUUGCCAAAAGCACACCGGAGACGGGCGCGGAAGCUACGAGAGACGCCACAGAUAUCUUGGACGCACAGAUGGGAAUAGAAGCUGGAGUUUACCAUGGAAAACUGUGAAAAGCCACCGCCUGGACAAAGCAAUCGAGUUCUGCCUUCGCGCAAGAGUUCAACACAUCUACUGAAAACGUCGACUGAAUAACACGUGACUGUUAAUACUAAUCGCGGGUUGUAUUUAUUUUUUAAUAAAGUGCUUUUGCAGAGAGAGCGUCUCAUUUAGGCUUGACUGAGAUGGGAAUGAUCGUUUUAGUUUGAAUUAAUCUAUUUAAAGUCAUUAAACUGGAGCCAGUACUUCUGUCCACUAUCUCUUGCUAAGCAAAAUCAGAGACGACUCUGGAAGCCUCCGUACGGAAGGAAUAUUUCUCGAGCCGUGCCAGAGGGGCUUGUGGGUAGAGCUUACAGCCCACAGGUUGACAGGAGCUCCUCAAUCUCAUCUUCGUGACUUUCUGUUGAAAGUCCAUCCGAGUGCCAUUCUCGCCGCACUUGAGAUGCUUUCAGACGUACGGUUUCCUCUCGUUCAUGUCCAAACAAGCCUGUUUUUCUCCUUCCACCUGUAAAUGUGUGCCUUACACCCCUGAGUAGUGAAGCAUUUGUUAGCUGUUAACUGUCGUAGUUCUUAUGAUGACGUUUGUUUCCCUCGUUUGAUUA